AUGCGGAUCCCACGGCGACGGCCACCCCGCCACCAUGAACGGGGUCCUGAUCCCGCACACGCCCAUCGCGGUGGACUUCUGGAGCCUGCGCCGGGCUGGCUCCGCGCGGCUCUUCUUCCUGUCGCACAUGCACUCGGACCACACCGUGGGGCUGUCCAGCACGUGGGCGCGGCCCCUCUACUGCUCCCCAAUCACGGCCUUCCUCCUGCACCGUCACCUACAGGUGUCUAAGCGGUGGAUCCGAGCCCUGGAGGUUGGGGAGAGCCAUGUCCUGCCUCUAGAUGAAAUUGGGAGAGAGACCAUGACUGUCACCCUGAUGGACGCCAAUCACUGCCCUGGCUCGGUCAUGUUUCUCUUUGAAGGAUACUUUGGAACCAUCCUCUACACAGGUGAUUUUCGGUUUACCCCGGCCAUGCUGAAGGAGCCAGCCCUGCGCGUGGGGAAGCAGAUCCACACCUUGUACCUAGACAACACCAACUGCAACCCCGCACUGGAUCUCCCUUCCCAGCAGGAAGCGGCCCAGCAGAUUGUGGCGCUCAUUCGAAAGCACCCACAGCACGACGUGAAGAUCGGACUCUAUAGCCUGGGGAAAGAGUCCCUGCUGGAGCAGCUGGCCCUGGAGUUUCAGACCUGGGUGGUGUUGAGUCCUCGGCGCCUGGAGUUGGUGCAGCUGUUGGGCCUGGCAGAUGUGUUCACAGUGGAGGAGAAGGCUGGCCGCAUCCACGCCGUGAACCACACGGAGAUCUGCCAUUCUGCCAUGCUGCGCUGGAACCAGGCCCGCCCUACCAUUGCUAUCCUUCCCACAAGCCGGAAAAUCCACAGCUCCCACCCCAAUAUCCACAUCGUCCCGUACUCCGACCACUCCUCCUACCCGGAGCUGCGUGCCUUUGUGGCAGCGCUGAAGCCUUGCCAGGUGCUGCCCAUCGUCAGUCGCCAGCCCUGUAGGGACUACUUUCAGGACAGUCUGGACCCCAGGCUCCCUGUGCCCUUGAUUCCAGACUCUGUCCAGCAAUACAUGAGUGUCUCCUCCAGCAAACCAAGCGUCCUCUGCCUGUUAGAAAGGAAGCUCAGGAGGCCGAGGACCCAGGGUGUGGUGUUUGAAUCUCCUGAGGAAGAGGCUGAUCGAUUUCAAGCUGACGGGGACUCCAAGAAAGCCAAGAACGAGGACCUUUCUGGGAACCUUGAGAAGCAGCCUUCCCUCCAUCCUUUGCGGACCAAGAAGCAGUUGUUCCCAGACCGCUGCAGCAAGCAGGCAGUCCCUUUUUCCGAGUCCCAGAAGAUGGUGACCGUGCUGACUGCCCCCUUGGGUCUUUCAGUUCAUUUAAGGUCUCCAGAGGAGGAAUUUCUCCCUCCGGAAACUGGGGAGGAAAUUGGUGGAGGGCCUCACUUGGUCCCCAGGGGAGACAAUGGUGGCACAGCAGUCUCCAGGAACUCGUGUGCGUGGGCGGGCCAGGAUUCACCCCAGUCUCCCAGCAGCAAGGCUGUCCCGCUUCUGGCUCCUGAGUUCAGCGGCCUGGCCCUGAAAUACCUCCUGACUCCACUGAACUUCUUCCAAGCAAGGUUCUCUUCCAGGGGCUUUGACCAGCAAAUGGAAAAAUACCAUAAAUCCUUGCUGAAGUGCAGACGGGAGCACAGCCUUGUUUGAGCCAGUGCCACAGUUUUAAAGACAACGGCUGAUGGCUGGUGGGGAGUUUGUUUAGGGCCUUUUCUGUCUUCCCAGGAUUCUUUUGGGCUCACCUUGGAGCAACACUCCUCAAAGUGUGAUCAUUGGAAGCCUAAUGCUUAUGGAAUCCUCAGUAUAUAGUUGACUGUUUGAAAAAUCAUCUUCAUUAAAACCCCUUUACAUUGUGAGCCCCUGUAAGGUGGCCUGCAGUAAUAAUCUGUUUACAUUUUUUUAUAUAUUUUUUAUUGAUUUCAGAGAGGAAGAGGGAGAGAUAGAAACAUCAAUGAUGAGAAUCAUUGAUCAGCUGCCUCUUGCACGCCCCCUACUGGGGACUGAGCCCACAACCUGGGCAUUUGAUGUUGACUGGAAUUGAACCCAGGACCCUUUGGUCCACAGGCCAGCACGCUAUCCACUGAGCCAAACCAGCUAGGGCCUGCUUAAAUUUGUUAACACAGUGUUUCUCCAACAUUUUUGAAUGUGCAAUCCUCUUAAGUGGCUGCAGAAAUAGAGUCUGAAGCCAAAGGGCCCAGGGUAUUCCCAUUUUGUGUGUCAUGUGCCAUUCUCCAUGUCCCCUCCUCCCUUUUCCUAGACAGAAGUCCCGAGGUGGUUCUGUUUUCUCACUUAGGAACUGGAGCGCUGGAGGAUAAAGUGGGGAUCCAGGCAGCACGUUCCAAUCCUGGAGGUCACUGACUUGCCAUGACCCCAUUCCAGCUACUUCCUGUCUCUGUCUUGGGGAGGGAACAGGAAGUGAAGAGCCUUGGAACAUGCAGAAAAAUUCCAUCUUUGCCCCCACGAGAGUUUGUAGUCACUGGAGACCUACCUGGAAUGGUGCCAGCUGGAGCAUUGGGCACCCUCCCCAGGGCGGUACCUGGAACCAGGAUGAGGGUAUGAUGGGCCUCCCAGCUGCCUGGAGGCCCUGAUUGUGACUGAAAUAAAAUUACAAAAGAUCACA